AUUCCACCAAGCUCGCGGCCCGUUCGCCUCUGUUGGGGUGAUUCAAAGGUUUCAGCCUAGCCGUGAGGAAGACAGAAUGAUAGGUCUGACGUGUCAUGCGAUUGCAGACCUUAUGCGGAAGCAUAUCAAUGAACAUGGGCCCGUGGAAGUCUGCAUUACUUGGGCAAGGACUCAAAUCGAUAUUCGAUGCUUGAGUUACAUUCUCAUGACUGCGGGCGCCGAAGAUCUGCUGGUUCCUGAAUGGAAAUUUAGCGAUCAGCCACUGGGAUGGUAUCAUACUAUCCGGCGUCAAAUGAAACUUGACGCAAGAGUGCUGUCCUUGCAACUCUCGAAGCUCUACGGGACCUUAUUCCCUGAGGAUUGGAGGCUGACCUUGAAUGCCCACGACGCCGGGGUUGAUGUGAUAAUGACUAUUCGAUUAGUCAAGGCAUACCUGCUGAGGGCCUUCAGCAUGCCUCUUUCUGGGAAAAUUAAUUUCCACUUCUCCUCAGCUGAUCGUGGCGCGAAGGGAUGGGAAUUGGACGUUGGGAAGUUGCUUAGCCUUCUCGAAAAGGCAACCCCUGCUAUUGCCCUAAGCAAAGCCGACGAUAACGAGAUCAGCCAAAGUGGCAUCAAUGAGCCCUUGGACGACGACGAGGAGAUUUUGGAGGAUUUCUCAGACGAUUAA